AUGGCUGUCAUCGACCAGGUCCUGGUUGAGGUCUCCCGCUUCGUGGUGCGUCAGGUGUCGGAGUCUGCCUCGUCCUUGCCGGCGCCAUCGACUACUGCACCUACUUCGACGUUCAGCGAAACUGCACCGACGACGACGGUCACCGAUAACCCAUCGCCUACCAGCAACCCAGGCAACGGCGGAGGGGGGGGCGGAGGUGGUGGUGGUAGUUCCAAUUCUCCUCUGCUCUUCUUCGUUGCUCUGGGCUUCGGAGUUGUCUUCACCAACCUAUGGAUCAUCGUUGGUGUCAAAUACUGCUUCCGCUAUAAUGCCCGUAAUCGUGCCAUGCGUCUCAACGAAGAUGGAGAGCCCAUCAACCUGGAGAACAUGCCUCGUCCGCACCGCCGCCGUCGCGAGAAGAAGCUGAUGACGAUGGACGAGGUCAACGACAAGUUCCCUAUGACCAAGUACAAGACCUGGGUUGGCGAACGUGCGAGAGAGGGCCUUCCCACUGCCGGAGGCGUCUCUGCCCCGCCCAGUCGUGCAAACAGUCUUCGGUCUGUCGACGGUAUCGUACCUGAGCUGCCCUCGAAAGAACGCGAGUCUACCGAAGAUCGCCCCGCCACAGGCGCCAGCAACAAGCCUGUCACUUCCGAGAAGACGACCGAAGACGCGGUUAAGAAGGAGGGCAACACCUCGACCACAACAGGCAACGCUGACGCCCCACAAUCCACACCUACUUCAGCCACUCCUCUUCAGCGCGUCAAUAGCGAAGACGACGACGACGAAGAUGACGAGCAUAUCAACGCUGCCGUCCCCCCUGAGCUGAUGGCAACCAGCGGUGACACCUGUGCUAUCUGCAUUGACACCCUGGAGGACGACGACGAUAUCCGCGGGCUGACUUGUGGCCACGCGUUCCACGCCGUCUGCGUCGACCCGUGGCUCACCAGCCGCCGGGCUUGCUGCCCUCUUUGCAAGGCAGACUAUUACACCCCGAAGCCUCGUCCAGCCCCUGGCGAAGGCGACCCGAAUGCCACAGGCGACAUGGCCCGCACGGCGUCCCGUGCUAACAUGCCCAACGCCCCUCCGGCUGCUUGGUACAGCCUGAGUGGCAACCGCCUCGGUUUCGGACGCAACAGAGGAAACCGGACUGCCAACACUCGUUCCGACCGCCGCCGCCGCGCCCGCCAGCAGGCCGUGUCUGCAUCUUCCACCCAAAAUGCCUCGCAGGGCUCGCCGGCCUCGCCGCCCGUUGUCGAGAAUCAGGAAUCUCGAGGUCUCCUCGCCAACAUCAGACUGCCCGCAUUCCGUAACCCCCUCCGACGUGGUGGAGACCAGCAACCUGGCAGUCCGACAACGGCUGCUGGUGCUAAUGUCACGCCUUCUCAGCUCGAGGCCGGAACUCAGACUGCACCGGCCACCACCACCACAGAGGCCCGGUGA